AUGACAACCCACCACAACCCCUCCCCCGCAGAACCCACCACCACAUCACCCUCAAACCCAAACCAACCAACCCUCCCCGACGAGCACGACCCCCAAAAACUCGCAACAUCAGCGUUCACCGCCUCCCUCCACAGCCUCGGCGCAAACUACACCUCCGCCCUCGUCGACCGCGCCCAAAACCUACAUUCCAAUUCCGCCGCGCUCCAAAAGCAAGAAGCGCAGCUGGCGAAACACACCGAGGCCCUGCGCAAACAGAACGACACGUGGGAGAAAGUCGCGGAUGAGGGGCGCAAUGCGCUGAAGGAGAUUGGCGACGUGCAGAAUUGGGCGGAGUUGCUUGAGCGGGAUCUGUUGGUUAUUGAGGAGGUUGUGGGGGCUUUGGAGAGCGAGGAUCGAGACCGAGAGCUUGAUGAGGGGAAUUUGGAUUUGGGGGGUGGAGAGUGGAGGGGGGAGGAUGGGGAUGGAGAUGUUGGUAUGGAUGAAGAUGGUGGGGAGGGUAGAAGGGUUGAUGGGAAUGGGGAUGUGAUUACGAGCAUUAAUGGUAAUGGGAAGAUAUACAGAGACCAUGAAGCGGACGAUGGGAAAGACAAGAAGGGGAAGGGGAAGCAGGCGGCCGCGGAGAGGAAGGGGUGGUUUUCUUGGUUAUGGUGA